GAAGCCCCCAGUAAAAGGGAGACAGAUAGUAGUAAACUGUUUAAAAGUUGAGCAAGAGGGGCUGUUUGUCCACUUUUUGUUUACUAAAAUAACACGUCAACGUCGUCCACAGCUGUUUUCCGACGACACAACGGAAUGGUGUGAAUGUCCAGCCGGGAGAGAGGAGCGAGUUUACACAUAUCCACAUCCACCGGAGCGACUUUUUUUUUUUACUUCAGCCGAGUUCACUUGGGCAUUUUCUGGAGACUCUGCAUGCUGGGGCUAGUGGCUGACUUCCUGAAGCCUACGUCACAGAGAGGGAAACCUUAGGAAAACACAGGAGAAAGGCCUGUUCCUCAUUCUCUUUCAUACUGGAAGCUGCAGGAUAUUUACAGAAUGGCAAGAAGAUCCCCCAUCCCCUUGUUACUUCUUGCAAUAUGCUGCCUUACAUCUGCAGGGCCUUUGUUUCGCAGCCCAUGUGAGCUUCUGCCAGUGGGCAUAGGCCACCCGGUGCAGGCCAUGCUGAAGAGCUUCACCGCCCUGUCAGGCUGUGCAAGCAGGGGCACCACCAGCCUCCCCCAGGAGGUCCACAUCAUCAACCUGAGAGGACAUGCUCCAGAGGGACCAGACAACACCCCGGCAGAAGUUGAGCUGCAUCUGAAGCCCCUCCAGUCUCUGCUGCGCCACCAGAAGCCACUCGCCUUCGUGCUCAACUCCCCCCAGUCGCUGAUCUGGAAGAUCAAGACGGAGAACCUGGCCCCAGGCCUUAAACAUACCUUUCAUGUAUCCGAGGGCUCCGAGGUCCACUUUCAGCCGGGAAACUUCUCCCGCCUUUGCCAGAUCCAGAAGGAGACCCUUCCCCAUGGCAAUGAGCACCUCCUUAACUGGGCCCAGAAGAAGUACAGAGCGGUAACCUCCUUCUCUGAGCUCAGGAUGACUCAAGACAUCUACAUCAAAGUUGGAGAAGAUCCAGUGUUUUCUGACACCUGCAAGAUUGAUACCAAGUUCCUGUCUCUGAACUACCUGGGCGGCUACGUGGAGCCGCAGACAUCAAAGGGCUGCGUCCUGUCUGGACCCAACAAAGACCGAGAAGUCCACAUCGUCGAGCUCCAAGCCCCAAACUCCAGCAGUGCUUUCCAGGUGGAUGUCAUAGUGGAGUUACGGCCUCUUGAGGACGAUGCCCCGCUCCAUCGUGACGUCGUCUUGCUGCUGAAGUGCGCAAAGUCCGUCAACUGGGUCAUCAAGGCCCACAGCGUGAUCGGCAAGCUGGAUGUAGUGGCCUCCGAUACAGUGAGUCUUGGUUCAAAUAUAGACAGACUGAUGCAGGUCUCAAAAUCCCCCAAGCAGCACUUACCAUCGGGGUCACAAGCCUUGAUCAAGUGGGCAAUGGACCAUGGCUACGGUCCAGCCACGUCUUACACCAGCACUCUUGUGGCUAACCACUUCACCAUCCGGCUUAGAGAGCCAGAUGUGGUGGAUCCUCUGGAGAGCAUGUUUCCUCCAGAGCUCUCCAUCCUGCGUGAAUCUAGUCCUCAUCCAGGAGGAGGAGGAGGAGGAGGAGGAGUUGCUUCUCCACGCUCCAGUUUGCCCUUUCACUUCCCUCCACCUGUGUCCGACGGCCUGCCCUACCUGCAGCUGCACCCCUCCCUGGACAUGCGGCCGUGGGAACAUGGAGAUCCGGAGGAGCACCAGGGUGUCCUGAGUGUUGGGCUCACUGUGCAGUGUGAGAACACAAAGAUGGUGGUCAGCAUCGACAGAGAGAGUUUGCAAGCAAGUGGGUUUACGCACGCCAACCUCACGCUCCAAGACCCUACGUGCAAAGCAACAGUAAAUGCCACCCACUACACGCUGGAAACUCCUCUGAAUGGCUGUCACACCGCUGUGUAUCCAAUGCCGAACAGCCCGAUGGCCCUCCACAUGAACUCUGUCCUGAUAAGUCAUGCUGAGAAUAAGGAUGGGAGCGGUGGGCCUCUUGAUUAUGACGACCUGGAAUCUGGAGAUGUGCUAUUCCCAAAGGAGUUAGGGAAGACGUUGACGGAGCGCACAGAGCACCCGUCCGUCAUUGAGUUCAACUGCACAUACCGAAAGAACCAGGAGACCUCAGAGACUCUUGACAGGAUUGUACCGGGACCAGCGAAGCAGCCAGUCAACAACAUGUCAUUUAACAUGGAGCUGUACAACACGCUGCCGUUCAACAGCCCUUCACGCCAGGCCUUCUACACUGUCGCACAAAAUCAGCAAGUCUUUGUGGAGGUCACAUCAACCGCAUCAGAUCCAGAGCUGGGGUUCACCAUCAUAUCCUGCUUUGUUUCUCCCGACUCCAACCCCAGUGUGGCCUCGGACUACACUCUCAUUGAGACGGUCUGCCCGACAGACGACUCCGUCAAAUACUAUCCUCGGAGAGAUUUCCCUGUCGCUCACACGCAGACGGAGAAGAAAAGUUUCAGCUUCAACUUCAAUUCAAAUUUUAAUACCAGCCUCGUUUUCCUGCACUGUCAGAUGUCUCUGUGCUCUAAAAGACCUCAGAAUAACCAAAGACUACCAAUGUGCUUACAACCUGGUGAGACCUGCGAUUCUGUGAGUCUGGACAAUAUCCUGGCCAUGAUGAUGAACACAAAGACGUCUACCAAGCCGCUGGUUGUCGUGGAUGGAAGUCAAUCAGACAUUACAGUUAUUCCAACUCCAAAAGCACCUCCAAGUCCUCAAGAUCCCACUAAUGAUGGCACUCUGUACGUCCUGGACACGCCGACCGUGGUGGGGAUCGCCUUCACAGCCUUUGUGAUCGGAGCUCUGUUGACCGGAGCCCUGUGGUUUAUCUACUCGCACACAGGCGAGGCAGCUGCUGCGGGAACACAGCAGGUCCAGAAGUCCCAGCCCGCCUCAGAGAACAGCAGCGCGGCACACAGCAUCGGCAGCACACAAAGCACACCCUGCUCCAGCAGCAGCACAGCGUAGCCCAGGACGAGACCCUGACCACAGCACCGGAGGGGGUCUGCGAUCACAGGGACCGGUGUGUCGAUCUCCUUCCAUUAUGUGAUAUGAAGUUCAAAAAGCAUGAUCUGAAAGUAGGAGAAAGCAGAUGGUAACACUCUGGGGCCUUGUGUAAACUGUGUCUGUGCCACUUCAACUAAGUGCAGAAAAAUAUUCUUUCCCGGGAUUAUUUGUUAAGAAAACUAUGAGACAAAAAACAAGUUAAUACCAGGCUUUUCUUUCUAAUCCAGAUGCUGUUUUGAUAGUUCCCGACACAGCCUUUUGUUUUGACCAUAAAUGGUUUGAUUGAGGCUGUUUAUAACAAGCAGGUGUACUUUGACAGCGAGGUAAGCUGUCCGGCAGAAGUGAUGUCAGUAUUAGUAAGUCAGACGUUGAUGGCUGGUCUAACACGUAACUUUAUGACAUGAUAACCUUAAAGGGGAAUGGAGCGGAGCAACCACUAUAAACAUGCGGACAUAAGUGCAGUAUAAACACAAGUCGUCAUCUUCUCGUACGGAGAAAGGACGGAUUUUAAAAGAAAGCGUAGUUGGUGAAUGUAUACAGAAGAGUAAACGCCAAAUAAUGUGACAGAUUAAUGUGAAAAGACAUGUUUAUAAAAGAUGCAUUAUUAUGUAAUCACUUUGCUGAUACUUCCCUCAUGAUUACUGCAUACACAUGAGUGUCUGCUUUCUUCUCAGUAGUUAUAGUCGACUAUAGAAUUGGGGUCUGCGACUCUAAAUAAUGUUACACAACUUCACAAGGGCAUUUUGUGUUCCCUUUUUCUAGUUUUUCAUCCCAGAAUAUUUGAACAUUUUGGGAAAUGUGAUCUAUGCUCUCAUGUCUUUGUGUUUAUUAAGGGUCACAUAUUAUGUAAAAUUAACUUCACUAUGUUUUUCUGACACUAAUAUGUGUCCCUAGUCUGUCUACACACCCACCAAUCAUGAGAAAAGUCUAUCCUCUCAAUCUCUUGCCUGCUCCACUUUUCAGAAAAUGUGUGCUCAAAAGGGCUGUUUGGAGAUUUGCCCUUCAUGACAUCACAAAGGGCAGUAACCCCUCCCCCAGGUGGGUAUCACUCCCACAGCUAGGUGUUUGUUCUCCCCUCUGAGUCUGCCUUCUCAUCCUAAACAAUAGGCCAUGGAGCGAGAAAACCUGAGCCGCAUCCUGUUCCAGAGAGGGGGCGUGGUCAGUCACAGCUCAUUUACAUUUAAAGCUACAGACACAGAAACAGCCUGUUCUGAGCAGGGCUGAAAUAGAGGGGUUUAUAGGCAUGAUCAAAUACAGGAUCAGAGUGGAUUUAGAACAAGAAACUUCACAGAUGAGGAGGAGGAUCAUAUUUGACCUUUACAUUUUUGAAAGAGAAGGUAAAUGCGUAGCUUAGCAAAAUGGAAACAGUUAGCUCAGAGAAAGGUUUACAAUAGAAAAUAUAAAGUUUGAGCACAAACCUUCCCCCACAGACAAUAAGUCAUAAUCAGCCACUGUUCAUAUAAAGUUGACAUGCAUACACAAAGCUAGCUAGUUUCCUCAUGCUGUUAUUUUAUGCUAGGCUUGGCUUCUAGCCUCCCAGCAUGCUCCGUCUCAUACUUAAAGUACAGCUUCCAAAACGUGUGAUGCUCAGAUGAAGAUGUUCAAUUUUGUAAAAUAAACAUGUCAAAUUAAAAAGAUUUAUUUUGAGGAGAAGCUUAAAACUAUGUCAAGCUAGAUGUUUCAAUCUGCUUCCAGUUUCUAGGCUAUGACAGUCAUCCCCUGGCUCCUGUUCCUUUCACAAAGACAUCAGAGUAACAUGAAUCAUCUUAUCUCACUCUUGAUAAUGAAUCCAAUGAGCACAUUUCCCAAGAUGUCCAACUAUUCUCUUUAAAUAAGACAGAACUUUAAACCUGUAUAAUUUUGUAAGUAUUGUAAAUAUGCAUAAAUGAUAUGAGGCGACGUAUGUGCAAAUUCUGUUUGUUAUUCUUAUAAGACAGGGUUUGUAAGCUGAAGGUGCGAGUUAAAUAAUUCAAUACCUGAAUUUUAAAAGGGAUCAUAUUAGAAUUUGAGUAUCAGAUUUUAACUUUGGAUAUGAUGUAAAGCAGUGGUUCUUAACUGGUGGGUCGGGACCCAAAAGUGGGUCGCAGAGCUGUUUUCAGUGGGUCCAGAAUGUGUUUCUGGAAGAAAAAAAACCUGUCAAAAAGCCUAUGCAGUGCCUUUUAAACCUGUUACUUUUGUUCCAUUUAUAUAUUCUUUGGUCUCGUUUUGUACCGUCUGAAGUCCAAACAGAACAAUUUUUCAUUAACUCGAUCUGAUUGGUUGAAAAGUGUCCGAAAUUUUGUUCAAUUUCACAAGGGAGUGAAUAGUGAGGCUAGACCAGUUGAGAACCACUGAUGUAAAGGACAUGGAUUUAAAAUAUUGGUUUAUAGUAAAGUUGACAGUGUUUUGCUUUUAUUAUCAGUUUAUUUUUGAUCCCUUUUAUAGUUCAACUUUUAUACUUUAAAUAAAAAAUAUUCAGAGAUGAUACAAACCCUCUGAAGAUAAAACUGAAAGCAGAUAAAAGAAGCAAAUAGACCAAUAAGAGAAACACGUUAUGUUUGCAAUUUCUUUUUAUGAAUGACUUCAAGGAUGACUUUUUAUUUGUUGAAUGAAUUAUUGAUCAUUAGUACCGUAAAACUUCAAAUAAAAGCCCAUCCCAGUUUAAGACCUAGUCCCCUUUACAAACCUGCUGCUGCUGAAAGUUUGGACAAAUAGAGGCAGGUCUCGAUUAGAGGCCCCAAUACAUUCAGUGUUGAUUAGUUUGCGGAUCAAAAGUAAAAGCAGAAAGAUAAAAAAAAACAUAAAGAUGAACUCAUCGGUCCAAUGAGACAGAAUAAUAGUUCAAGGUGUGCAGCAGGUUGCUGUCAAACAAAGCAUGAUGAAAUAAGUGAUUUGUAAUAUCAUUUGUUUAUUAAAAUGCUAUGUCGUGGACAAAGUUAAAUAUUCUUCAUGGUUAAAAUCAUAAAAAUUGUCUUUCCAAUCUUUGCUGUGCAUGAUUUUUCUUUGACUAUGAUGAUUGGCCCGUCUCGUUUAAAGGCAGGGUCACUUCUUAGACUGAGGCAAAUAAAAGGCUGGGCUUUGAGUUGAAGUUUUACGGUAAAUGAAUCAGUUUGUUUCACACAUUUGGAGAGUAUUUGUGACAUUAUUAAAUGUUCAGUGUUUUAGUUUUCUCUUUUGUGUAACUCUUGGCACUGACUAAGUGUUAAAUAAGCUGUAGCUGAAGCUCAUGACAGUGGACCUAUACUUUUCGGUUUUCUCUAAACUGCGACUCCACGACUCCCCCACCGUCUCAGAUGAUAUGAAUGUUUGCUAUGAGUGCCUUCCUGUUACCUGUUUGUGCUUUUAUCAGACUGUUUGUGGGCCCUUUGUAUUCAAGGAGAGACGUUACCAUAACAACAACAACAACAACCCAGAAUGUACAUUAUCUCAACGUGUGUUUCUUUAUGUAAACAUGUAUAAAGCUUUCUACAGAGGGAACAGAGUAUAAAAGAUAUAUAUUUGUGUAUAGAAUUAUAUUUUGGAAUAUAUUUACCAAGAGAAAUUUAUUGUUGUGUGCGUGUGUGCGUGCGUGCGUGCGUGCGUGCGUGUGUGUGUGUGUGUGAAAGUACUGUGAAUCUUUAUGGAUGUGCUCAUACAUAUUACAUGUUAGUGAGGGGUUUAUAGACUUACCAUACCAGCCUCGUGGCGUGUUUCAUGACACGCUGGUAAAAA